AUCGUCGACAAAUGCCCCGAAUGCGACUCCAACCACCUCGACCUGUUCCAGUCCGCCUUCGCCGAGCUAGCCGACAUCUCCAAGGGCGUCAUCGACAUCAACUGGUCGUACGUCUCCUGCGACAUCGACUCGCCCCUGAAACUCAAGAACAAGGAGGGUACCUCCGCGUACUGGUUCUCGAUGCAGGUCGUCAAUGCCAAUGAGGCUGUUACCUCGCUGGAGGUUAGUACGGACGGUGGAAGCACCUGGCAGAGCACGACCCGCUCGAACUAUAACUACUUCGAGAAUAGUUCGGGAUUCGGGACGGAGACGGUUGAUGUGAGGGUUACGGGGAAGAGUGGCAAGGUUGUCACGGUUAAGAAUGUGGGUGUUUCUUCGGGCACGGAGGUUACUGCGUCUGGAAAUGUUUAG